UUCAGUUUGUUUUCAGCAGCAGCUUCACACACUUGGCAUUUCUCCUCCAUUGAAACAUUAAGGGUGUCAGAUGCGCUCAGAUUUGCUCCAGACAUUCCAGCGGUUUCAGCUCAGACUGCGUCUCCGGAGAAGCUCAGCAGCGCAGCGGUUCCCACAGAGUUCUGUGACAGUUAAAGGUUUAUCUUCAGAAAGACACAAUGCAGGUUCUGCCCAUCUGGCAGCUCUCCAUCCCUCUGCCUGCAAUUCUGCUGAUCACAAUCAGUCUGUACAUGGUGGUUCUGGGGAUCGGACUGUGUAUCCGCUCCUACCUCAAGGACUGCUGUUCCUCAGUUUGCACUGACUGCUGUCCCAGCGUCUCUAUUUGCGAGCAGUGCUUCAGAUUAGCUGUGAUGUGCGACUGUAAGAUGCCGACUGUGGACUCCUUCCUGCCCACUUCCUGUUCUUUUCCUUCUUGUGAUCGGUGGGACUGUGCCUGCACCUGUCAGCCUCCAGAGUGUGAAUCCUGUAACUGCCUCUGCUUUGAGAUCAGGAUCAAGUAGAAGACAAACUGCUGGUUUACAGCAAACAUGCUUUUAAUUUCAUGCCUUCAUUAGAGAGUUUACAGAGACAUUAAGGUCUGCAGCCGCCUUAACAAGCCAGCGUCUAUAUGACCUCAAAGACUGAAAAAAAUCGAUCGCCUGCUGUUCACACGUGUAAAGCAGCUGGUAGUGCCUUCAGUUUUCAUUGACGUUUCAUUAAAUCUGUGUUUACACUGCAGGAAUCAGGGUCGACAUGAAGAUCCUGAAACAUGAAGAACUUUCUGUAUCUAAAACCGUCUGUGACUUUUUAAAACCUGCAGCUGCAAACUAGUUUAUAUAGUUUUUGUGUACUGUGCUUUGACACAUCACAGAGCUUCAGAAGAAAUCCUGAAGUUCAGGACUUGUUGGACGUUUAUCCAGCAGGAAUUAGAGAUGACGAAUCCUCAUUAGGUUUGUCAUUUUUGACGUUGGCUUUUGAAACGUCAGCUGACUGAUCUGUCUCGUCUUUACAGGUCACAGAAGUUAGUCUAUAGAACUGAAUGUUUCAGGUGGAAACUCGCCUUAAAGUUCAAGCAAAGCUGGUGUGUUUGAAUGUCCCGAUCCAGUCUGAGUCAUUUAAUAUUUAAUGUCCGCAAAAUCCCAAUCUGAUACCAUUUUCCUGACAAUACACACUGAAGUGUUGUAGAUGAGCUGUACCACCUGGUUGUUAAUUACUGCUCAUUUUUACUGCCUGUUUUCGUCAGCAGAGGUGUUCAGUGUGAGUUCAGUUACUAAAUAAUUUCCUGUUUCUCCUUUUGUUAUCUUGUGUAUUUAUACUAGUUUACACCUGAUGCUGCAGUCAUGUGUUUUUGGUCUCUCUCCUGACAAGGCAGAUCAGUCAUCUGAAUGUAUCGUUGAUCUUUGUAUAUAUUUUGUAUAUUUUCUAAGUAGAGAUGAGUUUGUUAUUUGCUCCUGAUCCAAAUUCUUUAAUAUUUAGUAUUUGCAGAGUCCCAAUCUGAUACCAUUUUCCUGAAAAUACACACUUCAGGUAUUGUAGAUUAGCUGUAGUACCUGUGACAUCCAGCCAGUGUGAGACCCUAAAAUCAAUCUGAAACUAGUCUGUAACCAGUCCAUAAUCAGUUUAAAACCAGUACAACGCCAAAUCCGAAACUAGUUUAAAACCCACCUAAAACCUGUGCAACGCCAAGUCUAAAAGCAGCCUAUCCCAGUCCAAAACCAGUCCAUCACCAAGACCAGUUCAAAACCAGUCUAAAACUGGUCUAACACCAAGUCCAAUACAAAUUCCAAACCCUCUUA